GAGAACCUACGAGAUUAGCGGACCAUUUCAGAUUCAAUAUGGCUGCCCAGACUACUACACAGAAAUUUAGUGAUAUAUACGAUCUAAAAGAAGAACUUGGGAAGGGUGCUUUUUCCAUUGUGCGAAGAUGUGUACAGAAAUCCACAAAUUUAGAGUUUGCUGCAAAAAUCAUUAACACAAAGAAAUUAUCGGCCAGAGAUCAUCAAAAGCUUGAAAGAGAGGCAAGAAUAUGUAGGCUAUUAAAACAUCCAAAUAUAGUUCGAUUACACGAUAGUAUACAGGACGAGGGAUUUCACUAUCUUGUAUUUGACUUGGUAACAGGAGGAGAGUUGUUUGAAGACAUUGUAGCCAGGGAAUUCUACAGUGAGGCAGAUGCAAGUCACUGCAUGCAGCAAAUUUUAGAGAGUGUUAACUAUUGUCACCAACAUGGAAUAGUCCACAGAGAUUUAAAGCCUGAAAACCUGUUGUUAGCUAGCAAGGCCAAGGGAGCAGCUGUGAAGUUAGCAGAUUUUGGUCUGGCCAUAGAAAUACAGGGUGAUCAGCAGGCAUGGUUUGGCUUUGCUGGAACUCCUGGCUAUCUGUCCCCAGAAGUCCUGAGGAAAGAUCCCUAUGGGAAACCUGUAGAUAUAUGGGCAUGUGGUGUGAUACUGUAUAUCCUAUUGGUCGGUUACCCCCCUUUCUGGGAUGAAGAUCAACACCGACUUUAUGCUCAGAUCAAGGCUGGGGCUUAUGAUUACCCUUCUCCAGAAUGGGACACGGUCACACCAGAGGCCAAGAAUCUCAUCAACAGUAUGCUGACUGUCAAUCCUGCAAAGCGUAUUAACGCCACUGAGGCUCUGAAGCACCCAUGGAUAUGUCAACGUGAGAGAGUGGCAUCUGUGGUUCACAGACAGGAAACUGUAGACUGUCUGAAGAAAUUCAACGCCAGAAGGAAACUCAAGGGUGCAAUCCUUACUACAAUGCUGGCUACAAGGAACUUCUCUAGUCAGGCUUUACCAGUGACAACCAAGGUCAACGGUGCAGCAGCUAAUGGCAACAUGGCCGCCAAGCUAGCCUCUUCUCUUGUAGUAGAUACUGGAAAACAGGCUGUCCCAACUAGAGAUCCAAACGCGGAGCAAGCUAUGGCACUGAAAGAUACAGUUGAUAACAAAGACAGGCAGAAGAGUCCAUUUGGAUUGACUGGCGAACCUAAAGGGACUGCCAAGUCACCAUUCACCCCACCUCAGGUGAAUAAAGAGUCAGCAACAAUGGCAUCAGUUCUGUUUGGUCAACCUAAGAAAGAGCCUUCAAACUUCCUUGCUGCUUUGGUCUCUGGCCAAGCCAAACAGGAAGUCUCCAAAAAUAUUUCAGUGUUAACAGGACCAGAGACAACUAAAGCAUCUGCCCCUCCUGUAGUUGGACAAACUCAACUGGAUGCCUCGAAGAUAGCCAGCUGUAUGAUGGGUGGUGGCCGUAGUCUGAUGGCGAAGAAGAACGAUGGAAUCAAAGAAUCCACAGACAGUUCAGCCACUAUUGAUGAGUCUGACGACACCAAAGGAAAAAGCGAUAUGGACAGGGGCAUCACUCUGACAGAAUUGCAGAUUAAUGAGACUGCUACUGAUCCUCACAAAACGCCGUGUAGAAAACAGGAUGUGAUCAAACUCACGGAGCAGCUGAUAGCAGCAAUAACUAGCGGCGAUUAUGAAGCCUACACCAAAUUCGUGGAUCCACAUAUGACGUGUUUUGAACCAGAGGCCAUGGGAAACUUAAUAGUUGGAAUGGAUUUCCAUAAGUUUUAUUUUGAUGUACAUACAAAGAACAAUAAACAGAUCAACACUAGUAUAUUAAACCCCCACGUUCAUCUGUUGGGAGAUGAUGCUGCUUGUAUCGCCUAUGUCAGGCUAACUCAGUACAUAGAUAGAAAUGGUCUACCUGUAACAACACAAGCUGAGGAAACCCGUGUCUGGCAGCGUAAGGAUAGUAAGUGGCAGAAUGUUCACUUCCAUCGGUCAGGAAGUCCUUCCGCACCUAACAAAUAGGUCGCAUUGGCUACCCGCCUUACUGUGGUAGGGGGGACCGCAAUGUUGCCAGAAGCAGAGGGACGGAGCCUUGGGGCCUGUUUUUGCUCAUUCUGACACUUGAGAUUUAUAUUUCCAGCUGGUCAUAUUAUCCUCAGUGGCUGCCUAGCCCUGUGGCCUACUGCUGCCAUGCAUUUAUGUGGCCUGCAGGUGGAGCCGUGGAGGAAGGACCUGUCGCUACAACAUAUUGUUUCUAUCUCAUUGGAGUGUAGGCCGCCACUUGUCUGUACUAGGGAUAUCAAGCACACCAUCACGGUCAGCACCAUUCACUAGUAAUACAACUUUGUAUCACCAGCCAUCAGGUAGUAAAUUUUCAGUGUAAAUCAGUCUGAAAGAAGUGCUUUGAUGUAUAGAAAGUGCUCUGAGAUACACAAGUCUUCAUAUAAGUAAUAUGUUCAUGCAAAGUUAAGUUGUGCAACAAAUAGCAUUAAAAAAAAUGAUAAAAUAUUGAUAUCAAAUUUGUAAUAAGAACAAAAACCCUCAGAACAACAUCAGCAUUUUUAUCUUUUUGGAAGAAAAAUAACCAAGCCGAUUUUUACUUAAUUGUAGUAUUACAGAACAAAUGUGUGACUCGUCUAAGAGUGAUGGUAGAGCUUUAGUCUUUUUAUUACACUCUAGUUAUGGAUAAACUUGUUACAGAGUACAUAACCAGAUUUAUUACUUAUUCUUAUUGACUUUUAUUAUAAUUAUUAUUAAAUGCAAACUAUAACUCUUGUAUCAUUAGUACGAUAUUGUUACAUGUGGAGCUUUACUAAGUAAUCUCCCGUGUAGGAGAGAAUGUGUGUUUAGGGGGGCAAUCAGUACUUCUACAUUAUAUAAAUAUUGGUUUUGAAUGUUGAAUGCAUUGCGAUAUACAAGUCCCUUUUUUUUUGAGUUAUUGAUAAUAUGUGCAAUAUUGAUUGUGAUGUUUUUGCCAAUUUUAAUAAGGUUUCCCUUCCUCAUUCAAUCCUACAGCCUCUUAGCUGUGUAUUUCGGUGUUAACCAAUGAUAUCAAUCAGAGAGAAGAAACAAUUUACUUGAUGUCAAUCAUACUGAAACCUUUAUUCUUCUUUUGUAGCAUCUGGAUCCAUUGUAAUCCUGAAAUACUCAGGCUGGGUCCUUGUAUCGCUACCACUCCUACAUGUAGUUUAUAUACACUAUAGAUUUGUGCAUAUCCGUUUACAUUUUAACAUGUUUAUCUAUUAUGGGCAUAUUUAGAUGUAUACCAUACCUUUUUGCUGAAUAUGAAUGUAUUUCACUCUUAAAAUUGUAUAUAUUUUGAAAUUAUUUAGUUUUGAACAAAAAUGUUAUACACUAUUUUAUGAUAUAGAUACGUUAUUUCCAGUGUGUGUGUUCUUAUCUUCAUGUUGACUUCUCCUGUGACACUUAAGGUUAACCCUUAAGAAACAUUUUAGGUCCCCCAAAAUUGCAUAGUAACAUUUUAGGCCCCCUGCCCGAGUCGAUAGUAACAUUUUUGGUCUGAUAGUAACAUACCAGGGUAUAUUAGGUAACUACGAGAUAAUGACAUUGAAUGUUACCCAGGUUGAUGAUUAUCCAACAUAUUAUUUGUUUUAAGACUUUGAACCUGAAGUUGUCACUCCAAGUUUGCUCAUUCCUUUGAUAUCUUGAUCGUCUUCGUCAAUGUUGUGUACACCCACCCUCCCCGUCAUCUUCAUCAUCAUUGUAUUCACCCUUCUCCCUGUCAUCUUUCUUUUCCCCGUCAUCUUUCUUCUCCUCGUCACCUUACCAUCAUUGUAUUCAUCCCCCUCCCGUCACCUUAAAAAUCAUUGUAUUCACCCCCCUCCCGUCAUCUUAAACAUCAUUAUAUUCACCCUUCUCCCCGUCCUUACCAUUGAAAUAUGCAAUUUUUAGCACUACCCGAACAAUACCACAUUCCCCCUUUACCCUGUACCUGGAGUUCUCGCUUAAACCCCGCCCUCCAUAUUCCUGUUUUCGUAGAUGGUAUAGGUAUGUUAGUAUCAGUAUGCUGUACAAUAUCUUGUUCAUAGAGGACUCCAUAACAUGGCCUAUUAAUGGUGUUCAUAAUAAGUCCCAUCAUAUCCAAAAACAACUUCCAGCUUGUGACUUUUUCGAACCAACAAAUGGGACACGGUGAAGAGUGGUGUUGUUAAGAGUUUCUGUGGGUUAAAACGGAAAUGGAAAAAUAUUUCCAAUAAAGGUUUCGACAUUGGGACACAAUCUCCUGAUAUAUAUGAUGCGACGUGUUUGUGUGCGGUUACCGGUGCAGUAGUUUUCGCAGACUUCAUGUUACAGCUGUGAGCUAGUAAACUGUACAACGUAAAUCAAAACAACUAAAUUAGGCAGUUUAUAAUCACGACUUCAUAAGAUGACAUUUGUUGUCGUGGUUUUACUGGAUUUAACUUUUUAUCAUCAUAAAACCUAGGGCCAUGGCAUUAUACAUUGUUGUACCUGAAGAUUGCUAGAGUGAAGGCCAUCAAGUUUGUUUUAGUCACGAGUCGGAUGUUCUGAAAACUUCAAAUAAUUUUUUUUCAAAUCUAUGUCCUUGACACAUAUAUGACAUCACAAGUAAUUUUUUCCUGAAUGAUGUGUAUCUCAUUGAACCAAGGAAGUCCUACAGUAUUGAUAUAUUAGCUUGUUGCUUGGUGAAAUUAUGGACUUUCAUCUUUCUUUAAAGAAAUAUGACCAACAUUCAAGAUUACAGAAGAAAAAUUGUGUAAAAUAUUCUAAUGACUUUCAAUGAUUGACAGUUAGCAAGUGUAGUGAAUUUGGCCUGAAGAAUGUGUAGAGUUGUCAAAAUAAAUAUUUCUGUUCCUAAGUCAAAACUGUAGAAAUGAAACAUGGUGAAAAUUUACAAAUAAGGAAAUAUAUCUGAGAAUGUACUAGAAAUUGUGAGCAUUACGGGCCAUGUGGGCCUUGUGUUACUUUAGAAAAAUAGUUUGUGUAUCGUAAAAAUAGAUUUGGAUUUAGAUGGCUAGCACAAAAAACGGUACAAACUCUUUAACAGUUUAAGUAUUUUUUCACUAUCACCCAAGGAUUGUUUAUUAGUUUUAGUACCUCUAAUACCAAAAUAAUGUUUUAAGAAAAAAAAAACAAAAAAAAAAUGUUUUUUUAAAAGAUUUAACAUGUUCUUUUUCAAACUAAACAGUUUUAAACGAAUUUAGAGAACUAUUAAUUCUUGUAUUAAAGUUUUACCAUGUGUGAAAUCACAAACAUUUUCUCCCUUCCUUGACAGAAGUCACAAUCCAGAAUGCUGUCAUAUGUUUUUUGUAAUUUCCUGGGAAUUGACAUUGAUACUAUCAACAUCCUCAUUUAGAAGUUUUGAUAUCACGAUCCAUCAGUCGAUCAUUUUUUCCAUAUUUUUUAAGUUGCUGAUAACAUCUUUGUUUUCGCCAUUUAUCAGUAUGUGAUGACCUGUAGCUGCUGAAUGGCUACAAAGCGAUAUGCCAGUAAAAUUAACUCUCACCGUUCUCAGUCAUUAGCUUUAGGUUAGGUAACCCAAUACCGUGAAACACUUAUGUCAUUACACUGCAAGUUAUAUUGUAACAAAAGGUUUCUGUUGACCUGGUUCACUUUGACAAGCCCUUCACUUUGGCCAGCGAUAGUUGUGUUGGUUUGUGAUGAGAACAAAAUAUGUUUGAGAUGAGUUAGUUGGGGCAACUGGUAUAUAAUUAUUGACUUUUGUUGAGGUGUACACAAGACUAUACGAACAUGUUCAAGAGUUUGUUCAUUUAGGCGGAAGGCCAAACAUUGUUUGUUUCAAGCAUUCUUCAAAUUAACAUGUUGUGUUAUUGGAUAAUAGGGAAGCAAAGAUUGCUGACCUGUUCGUGCUAAAAAUAGCACGAACAGGUCUGCAAUGCUUGGGGGAAUUUCCCAUCUGAGUUAUUUCUGGCACGUACAGGUCUGCUCACCGAUAGGUGCUUUUGAGGAAAACAGGAAAUUGGCCAAUGAAAAUCUAGUAAACACUCCAGCCAUAUUACAAAUUGUAUUGAAGACAUGUUACAGGUACACUGUACAUCUACAUUGUAUUGAACACAUGUUACAGGUACACUGUACAUCUACAUUGUAUCGAACACAGAUCGAUGGAUACAUUGUGUUGGAGUGGAACUCGUAAACUGUGGAAUAUAUUACAAUAAACUGAAGACAAGCCAUCUUCACUAGCCAAGGUUUACGAUCUGAGUAGACAGAUGGUAAUUCUUCACUAGCGAAGAUUAAGACUAGCUAGGUGACUGAUUUCUGUGUUUCACCAUGUCCCCCAGUUGUUUGAUAUAUUCCACCACUAUUAUCUACACUAGUCACUUCCUUCAUGCUGUUUUCAGCUAAUUACAAUUACACGAUGUACAGUAAAAGGUGUUGGGUAUUUACACAAUUAUAGUUCUCUACGGUUUAACAGUUUAUCUUAGUUAUGGUCAAUUUUUAUAGGAUUUUCUGUACAUUCAAAGGCAAGACAUUCAACAAUAUUCUACUGUGUUUAUCUUAGUUUUUUUUCAACAUCUAUAGACAACUAGGGUGGUGACUGUGGUUUGCUGAGACAGAUAUACGAAGCAUUUGGCACUGUCUUGCAUCAACAGAAGGAAGAUGAAGUCCUAUAGCUUUAAACAGUGUACGUCUUGACUAACUAUUUCAAAUCAAUGCCUGGCCACAAAAAUAUACCAACCUUUGUUUUUUUAGGUUACUGAGUCAAUCUUGUAUUAUUAUAUCACAUGCAAACUGAUUGAUGUCUACACGUUUUAAAUAUAUUCAAGCAUUGUUCCUAGCCUUUUUUAAUACCAAUAGUAAAUGUUAGUUUUCUUGUAGGAAUUAUUUGGUAUCAGUUUUGUAGUAUAGAUCCUUGAAGGAGCCUUUCAUAUUUUCAGAAAUAUCUUGUAAAUAUUUUCACAUAUUUUUUGUCAUCUAAGAAGCAAUCUUGAGACUUGUGUAAAACAAACCAUAUACAUUACUCGGGAGAUGUGCUAUUUCAGCUGUGUGGUACAGCUAGGCCUACCUCCAGUGAAAUAUAUGUUAUGGUAAAGUCACAUUUUGUGCAAGCUGAUAAUCUAAAUAGUUUUGUUGUUUUCUUAGUAAAUGUUUAUUUCCUUGAAUUUGAAACAUUCCCUUUGAAAAUGUUUAUACUUAGAAGUUAGCGGUUAGAUUGAAGUGUAUGGUGGUCUAUACUGUGAAGGAUACGUAUCAGGGUAUUAUUAUUAGUUUGUUUUGUUGUCUGAUCAUGAUUAAAAAGGGGCGGUUGUCUUAGUCAAAGCUAUUACACCUACUCGGUGAUCAUGUUUUCACUAUGCUGAAGGUUACAUUCAAGUCAGCUUCCCUGCAUCUGAUCGACAUCAUCAGCAUCUCAACACAAGAUUCUGAGAAAUAUGUGAAAACCUUUCUGCGGUCUCAUAAGACAUUUGCUCCACUGAAUUGAAACUGCCUGAAAAAUUAUUGUAGUUAUUUAUUAAAAGUGAAUCAUAAUACCUUUAGGUAUAGUGUACUGAUGGAGGUGUAGCUACUAGCUUCUCCAGACGAGUGUCACUUAGUCGUGCCAUAUUUUAAAAUAAUUUACAUAAUUACAUCACCGACUACAACAGACAAAAGAUUACUCUGGUCUGUACUUUAAUUGUACCGUUUAUUUAAACAUUUUUUAAGACAUUUGCUCCAUCAUGUGAAAUGGUAAUUUUACCCGAGAACUUUUCAUGUUUGAUCAGAGUCAGUCAUUUAAUUAUAUAUUACAAAUCUUAUUACAUGCAGGAAAUGUCUGGUGGACAUUUAUAGAACAAAUCUUUUACUCAUUUAAAUUAUGAUGAAUUUAGUUAUUUAGAUUUAUUGAUAUGAAAUUUUAAGAGUUAAGCGAUAACGUUGAUACAAAGAGGAAUUAUAUAUACUAGUAGUUUGUAGUGCUGCUGCUAAAUUGAAGCCUGCAGGUCAGCGAGUUGGUUACAUAGCCAGUUUAUACUGGUAAUACAUGUUAAUAAAUACACUAAAGACCCUUUCUCUUUCAAACCCAUUUCAGCACUUGAGCCACCCAUUUUUUCAUAUAUUAGGUGUUGUAUACAUUUCUUCAUUAAAUUUUUUUCGAUCGUGUAUGUAUGUGAUGUAGUGCUUAUACAAUUUAAAUGUAUCCCUUUUGAAUAAAACACAUCUCAAUUCUCAUUA